AUGUAUACUGUUUUUUCAUUCUUGAGGCCAGACCCUCGAAAGUUCGGAUUACCACUGCCAGCAGUGAUACCUUUUCUGGACAGCUACUCUGAACUGUUUUACUCAGUAAACUCGAUUUAUCAACACUGCAUUCUAAUCACCUCCAUUUGCUCAGCAGUUGGUCAGUUUGCUGUGAUCAUCGUCGGAAUUAUGACAGCCUGCUGUCAGAUAGAUGCUGUGAAAUCAAUUCUCACAAGUUACAACAGUAUGAUUGCUGAUUCUACGACAUCGGAGAAGAUUUUAACACAAGAAUUGAUCGAGAUUAUCCGGUUGCAUUCUCUAGUAAAAAACUACGUGGCCAAAAUCCAAACCAAGUUCGGAUUGCUGUUUCUUGCCUUGUUUAGCUGCAUCGGAAUCGUUACUGCCAUGUGCUUGAAUGUUGUGUCCUACAAUUUGCUGUCAUCCAGUACGUGUUUGAUGUUGAACUGCAUUUCAACGGUUCUGUUGUUUUGCUCCAGUGGAAAUUAUUUGCUAUCGGUUAAUGAUGGACUGGCACAAACGAUUUAUGAUUUAGAUUGGCAUAAGUUGUCGAUUUCGAACCAAAAAUUGUUUAUAUUUUUCCUAGCCAAUGCACAGCCACCUGCCAGAUUACAUGCACUUUUGCUGCCACUGGAUAUGUCUACUUUCAUUAAGAUCAUGAAAGCUUCGUUUUCAUAUUUUUCCAUUUUGAAUCAAAGGUAAAAAGAUUAACACCGCACUGA